GAGCGGAGAGCAAAAGAGCAAAAAUAUUUAUUACGUAUUUUUGUACGAAGUUUUUUCGUAAUGGACGAGGGAGAAAAAGUUCUCAAAAUCUGUGGAAUUGUGGAGUGUCUGUGUCUCUUGGCUUUAUUCGAGAAUCGAACGUUGUUGUUUCGAUUUCACGUGGGGUCAUGAACGUGUUUUACAGAACCCUUGAGUCAGGUCACUCAGGUCUCAGGUCACUCGCACUAUGGACCGCACGAUCGCACUGCUCGCAGAAUUAAGUCAGAACAUCGGAACCAAGCGAGAAACUAUUGAAAAUGCAUUCCAAUUCAUCCUGACUACCUAUUGAGGCCACUUUCAUUCCAACGCCGUCACACACCUCGAAUGCUUCAUUAAAGCGGAUAAGAAUGGCUGCUGUGGACGGUCGCGAGGACUCGCUUAGCAAUCGGUGUGGCCACUCGGACGCGGACGCGCAGACCCAGGGCACGUUCAUCACCGUCAUCCCAGUGGACUACAGCCGUCGGACCCCCUAUCCCACAACCACCACCGACUACCUGGUGGAUCAGUACAGCGAGUACCUGCGAGAGAGGGCUCGGGACGAGUACCUCCGUGGUGACUACAACAUCAACAGCGACCCUCAGUACGAGGACGCUGGCCCCAUGUACGCCCUGGCGCAAAGGUACGCCGCAGAGCCCCUUGCUUCGUACAACACCAUGACCCAAGAACGUGAGUGGGACCCUCGCAGCCUUGCCCAGCAGGUUGCGAACCAGGUUGUCCCGCAGGCGCCCAGUGUGCAGCAGCAGCAGGUGCACCCUGAUGCGCAAACCAUCAAUGAACAAUUGGUGGCCAAACUUCAGCAGCAGUGCCAACAACAGCAACAACAACAGCUUGCCAAUGACAAGGCUAUUCCUCCUCCAAAGAAAACUAUUCAGAUGGCAGUUUUUCUCUUUUCGCCUGUGGUUUUGUCAAUGGAGGCGCCACGUCAAAUAAUGGCCUCAGAAUUGACUGCCUUGGUCAUGCAGGAAGAGCAGCUCGGACUUCCUAGGAACGCUAGUGAUGUAUUUUCAAUCUGGAUGACCUCUGGUCUAUUAGAAAUUCAACUCAAGCCUAACCACAAGCCUUUAGAAGUUAGGCAAAAUUGGCAGUACCUUUUGAGCAGGUUUAGUGAUGCGUCCGAGUCUCGAAAAGAAAGAGACGAGCCAAGAAUCGCUCUUCAGAGGAAUGUCUUUCUAUCCAGAGUGGAGGAAGAGCGAAUCAAGGAGCAAAAGGUACUUGAGCUACUUUACGAAGAGGCCAAGUACAACGUGCUGGAGGGUAGAUACCCGUGUGAGGUCUCGCAUUACAUAAUGUUGGGAGGACUGCAGGCUAGAAUCGAACUAGGACCAUACGACCCACACCACCACACACCUGAAUUUUUCAGACAGCAGCACGGAGACUUUCUUCCAGCACACGUGAGGAAGGCAGCAGGCUGGGCCUGGUUGCCAGUGAGCAGCAAAAGGUCUCCUGAAGUGAGGCUGCUGGAGGCGUUCAAAAGUGUUCCGGCAGCAACGCCGGUCAAGCGGUUGAUUAGAAAAUACCUAGAAUUUUGUUGGGCGCUGCCUUUUUACGGGAGUGCAUUUUUUAAUGGGCAGAUUGAGCAGCCCGUCCGAGGGCUAACAUCGCUGAUAACACACCAAGAUAUUCCUGUUCUGGUUGCGGUCAACGAAAAAGGAGUCUAUGUCAUUGAUGAAAUUCAAUGUACCAUAUUACUGGGUUUGAAAUACGAGGAACUCAGCUGGGAGUACGCUCGGCCGUCUCAGGAAGACAGCCCUGACUGCCUGCCGUGCCUAUUCAUCCAAUUCAUGGUCGUCGAAAAUGGAGCAAGGGUGUCAAAAAUUUUACAAGUAUUCUCCAAACAAGCUAUAAUGAUGGACGCCCUCAUUUCAACCUACGUUGACCGACUGAAGCAGAGAGCCAGUGAGGAAGCAGAAAAAGGGACAUUUGAUGCUGCCACUGACACUGAUGAACUCCAUGCGCCGUUGAGAACACCCGUUCGGAGAGAAAUAACUCCUCAGUCUUGUCUCAGCAACAAGCUCAGCCGCUUAACCUUGGCAACAUUUGACGAUGAUGGUCGUUGCAUUGGUCAAAUGGGAUCGUGGUCUUUCAGUCACUGACAUUACGAGAACUACUCCAAGUAUGGACAAACAAACGUUCAAACCUAAACUUGUGUGUUACUAUGAAAUUAUCAAUGUUUGAUUAUUAUGUGAUCCUCUAUUCAUUAAAAAUAAUUAUGUAAAUGAAUAAAAAAUGUGCUGCUAGUCCAAUAAACCUCUUACGUGGAGGUAUUUCUCAACAA